UUGGAGACAACUUCAAUACUGGUUGACGCCUCCACUUUCCUUUGUCGCACUUGCUGGUUUAUUGUCCUUAUAUAUGCCCAAGAAACCUUCCUUUCUGUUCCUUCUAUACCCAAAAACAACCACCACUGCUCUCUCCUCUUCAAUCCUCAUCACCUUCUGCAACAAUGGAAGUAAAAGAACAUGACCCUUUUCUCUCUUCUUCUGUCUCCUCCACCAGAUGGUGGACGAAGGACACUGUUGCGAUAGUCACCGGAGCGAACAAAGGAAUUGGGUUCUCGCUAGUGAAACAACUAGCAGAGUCGGGACUCACCGUGAUAUUAACAGCUAGAGAUGUAGAGAGGGGAUGCAAGGCUAUUGAGCAGCUAAGAAAUGGCCAUGGUGAUCUCUCCGUACACUUCUAUCGCCUUGAUGUUUCGGAUCCUGCUUCCAUUAAAAGCUUCGUUUCCCAGUUUGAAAAGGAUUUUGGAGUCUUGGAUAUUCUUGUGAACAAUGCUGCGGUAUCAUUCAAUGACAUCCAUGAAAACUCAGUGGAGCAUGCAGAGACUGUCAUCAAAACCAAUUUCUAUGGUCCCAAAUUGCUGAUUGAGGCACUCUUGCCAAUGUUUCGUCGAUCAAAUUCUUCCAGCCGCAUCCUUAACAUUAGCUCAAGACUUGGCUCUAUUAAUAAGAUGAAAAACCCUACUAUGAAAGAGAUGUUGCUAAGCGAAAACUUAUCAGAAGAGCAGAUUGAAGGGAUGGUAAAUACGUUUCUUGAAAAUGUGAAGAAAGGGACGUGGAAGAGCCAAGGCUGGCCUGAGAUAUGGACAGAUUACGCAGUAUCAAAGCUAGCAAUAAAUGCAUACUCUAGGGUUUUAGCAAGACGAUAUAAAGAUUGUGGAAUAUGCGUAAAUUGUUUCUGCCCUGGCUUUACUCAGACGUCUAUGACCCGUGGUAAAGGCGCUCACACCGCCGCUGAUGCCGCUGAAGUUGGUGCUAGGCUGGCAUUACUUCCGCCGCAUGAGCUACCAACUGGCAAGUUUUAUAUAGGGUUUAGCCCUGGCAUUGUUUCUAAAUUAUAAGAAUUAAUAGGACUACUUAUUCAUUUUAAUUUAAUUGAUGAUGGGUGGUAUGAUUAGAGAAUGGUAAUUAAUUUUAAUAUUUUUUUUUUCUUUU